GUUGAUUCGGCCCUCCACCACCGCCUUCUUACCCCCCAAGAACCCCCCUAAUACUCCCCGGCAGGGCCACCCACGAGCUUACGUCCCUGUUUACCCUAUAGAGUCGAUCUUAAUUCCGAGCAAAAAGUUGAUCAAUAUGGCUGCUCAAGUAAUCUCCAAUUCCGGACACGAUGAGAUGAUUCACGAUGCCGGCCUGGACUACUACGGCCGCAGAUUGGCAACAUGUUCAUCGGACAAAACGAUAAAGAUAUUUGAGAUUGAAGGAGAGACACAUCGGUUGAUUGAGACAUUGAAGGGACAUGAAGGAGCUGUGUGGUGUGUGGCUUGGGCACACCCUAAGUUCGGAACUAUCCUCGCUUCCUCUUCGUACGAUGGAAAGGUGCUCAUCUGGCGCGAACAACACCAGAACGCCACGUCACCCGUCGCUGGCGGCGCUUGGACGAAGGUGUUCGACUUCUCUCUACACACCGCUUCAGUGAACAUGGUAUCCUGGGCUCCGCAUGAGAGUGGCUGUCUCCUGGCUUGCGCCUCCUCAGACGGACAUGUUAGCGUUCUCGAAUUCCGUGACAACAGCUGGACUCACCAGAUUUUCCACGCCCACGGUAUGGGUGUGAACUCUAUCAGCUGGGCACCUGCCGCCGCCCCUGGCAGCUUGAUCAGCUCCAACCCUGGACCGGGCCAGCAGCGGAGAUUCGUCACUGGUGGAAGCGACAACCUGCUUAAGAUCUGGGACUACAACCCGGAAACCAAGACCUACAACAACACGCAGACUCUGGAAGGCCACUCCGACUGGGUCCGGGAUGUCGCUUGGUCGCCAAGCGUUCUUUCCAAGUCCUACAUCGCCUCUGCCUCUCAAGACAAGACAGUCCGGAUCUGGACUUCCGAUGCGUCAAACCCUGGCCAGUGGACCAGCCAGCAACUCGAGUUCGACACUGUCCUCUGGCGCGUCAGCUGGAGCCCUAGUGGAAACAUCCUUGCUGUGAGCGGUGGCGAUAACAAGGUCAGCUUGUGGAAGGAAAACCUCAAGGGGCAAUGGGAGAAGGUAAAGGAUAUCGAGGAGUAGGCUUCAGAGUUUCAUUUUCCUUUCUGAGUUUCAACUUUCAUAUCUCAUGUGUGAUAACGGAUAAAUUGGGUUCCUGCCAUGUAUUUCAUCCGACCCGGACGUUGUCAAAAAUCAAAAACGAGCUUAAAAACAGGCAAAACAUCAUCGUUUC